GGUGCACGCGGAGCACAGCAGCGCCGUGGUCACCAGCGGGGUGAGUCUGGUGCCCCGUCUCGCUGCUCUACAGGAACAAUAUACAACAAAAAGUGAUCGCACAUGUUCUGUUCAGGAAGGGAAGUCAACUGAUAAUCAAGAACAAGUAUUCAAGGUGGUGUUGUCAAGAUGAUGAACAGCGAGUUUGUGUUGGAGCUGAUCAGCGUCUUUCACACCGGACCUGUGGAGCCCGGGUCCUGUGUGCAGAAGCUGGUGGGCAACAUCCCAACGGGUGUGAUCCUGAAGGAUGUCACCCUGGAGGUGUAUGGCGGGGAGCUCAUGGCCAUCCUCGGCUCCAAGGGUAGUGGCAAACGAGCUCUACUUGAGGUGAUCUCGCGACGUGCCCAAGGUCCCACACGAGGUCAGAUCCUCCUAAACCACGUGCCUAUGUCCCUCAGACUCUUCCAGGACUCUUGCGGCUACGUCACUCACAAGACACAGCUGCUGGAGGGACUCACUGCCAAGCAGACCCUAGAUUACGCUGCUAAGCUCUCUCUCAGCCCCAAGAUUGGCAGCUCCAUACGAUCAGCACGUGUCCGUCAAGUGUUGGCUGACCUGGCGCUGACGCAGGUGGCCAACCGGAUGGUGGACCAGCUCACGCCCUCCGAGUAUCGGCGCUUGGUGAUCGGGGUCCAGCUUAUCAAAGACCCGCUUGUCGUGUUGCUGGACGAGCCUGCUUGGGGACUCGAUCCCCUCAACACCUACUUCGUUAUUUCCAUCCUGAACAACCACGCCAAGAAGUACAAUCGCAUCAUGAUCAUCACCAUGGAAAAGCCCAGGUCAGACAUCCUGCCGUUCCUGGACCGCGUGAGCUACUUGUGUCUCGGUGACGUGGUAUACACAGGCUCCACCAGACACAUGAUCGACUAUUUCAGGAGCAUCGGGUUCCCUUGCCCGGAGCUGGAGAACCCGCUCAUGUACUACUUGUGCCUCUCCACGGUGGACAGACGCUCCCGGGAACGUUUCAUCGACUCCAACAAUCAGAUCGCCGCUUUGGUGGAAAAAUUCAAGCUCGAGGGCGGUCCUUACCGUAAAUCUUCCGGGCCUCCACCUGACCUCGAACACCUAGAGCACAAGGUUCCCCUCUCUGCUUACGGGCGUCCAGGGGUCUUCUCCACCAUGAUGGCGCUCCUCGGGCGCGCCUACGUCAUGUUGUCACCUUGCAGCCGCGUAGGCCUCCAGCAGUUAUUCUUUAGGUUGUUUCUCCUUCCAACCUUCUUCUUUCUCCUUUGGAAUUUCUACUACGGGAUGGAGGAUUUCCAGCAGUCGUUCCAGAGUCGCGGUGGUCUUUUGUUCAACUGCAUGGCCGGGACAGCCUUCCUUUCUACCGCUGUUACUGCAAAGACCUUCGCUCCUCACCGGACUCGCUACUACCAUGAGGCGCGGGAAGGGCUUUACCGUGGGCCGCUCUUCAUCCUAACCUACAAUCUCUUCUCUCUGCCUCUGUCCUACUUGACCGUGAUGGCAGCCUCAGCAGUGGUCUUUUUUGGCCUGCCGAUGGUUGCUCCUGAAGUGGAUGGGCCUGACUGGAUGGCCUGGGUGAUAUUCGGCUCUAUUCUGUGGGCGGUGUGGGCAUUUGUGGAGCAACAAACCAUCGCCCUCAUGAUCGUUGUCAAGUCGUCUUACUCAGCCGGAGCGGCGUCUGUAGCCUUCACUACCCUCAACCUACUCGUGGCGUCGGCCUCACUCAGGUCACUGGUGCGCCUUCCUGACUGGCUCUACUACUUGGGACACGUGAUUGUGUUUCGCUACGCAUCGGCUGUCUUGCACGAGCAGGCUUUCCUCGAUCGGCUUCCUAACCUACCCAUGAAUUCCAGCGUCCUCUGUCCAGACAACAACGCCGAGUAUGGUUGUCGAUACAGGAACGGCACGUACUACUUGCUGGAGAGAUAUCACUUCCCCGAAAAUGGCCUCGACCACGGCCGGCAAGAUUUAGAACUCUGGUCUAAUUUUGGAUUUUCCUUCGCUUUCUUCGGCGGUAUGUUUGUGUUGAAUCUGGUGCUUUAUUUAGUACCGCUGCCUUCCUUCAUCAAAUCCAAGUUCCGAGACUGACAUGGAGGACUUUGUUUAUCAUCUGCUUUAUCAUCGUUUCCAACACUUGGAUAUAGUAGAUUUGAUGAGUAAUGUGAUUUCACCUGAAGGUUCCAGUCUUGGGGGAAAAGUUUUCUUCGCUCUGGUCAUUAACGCGAAAAAAUUCUGAGAUGGGCGGUGGAUAGCCGAUGGCAUAUUGUACCUCCUGUUGGUCCAGAUGAAUGACACCUAUAGGUUAAAGGCAUCUUGAUCUUCGUAUUUGUUAUGUACUCAGAAACUAUAUACUUAAGUAAAUUGAACGACUCUU